AGUUAAAGACCAAUUGUUUGGGAGACUCCAAGUUCGAAUCCUGAUCGGGACAAUCAUGUUCGUAUCCUGGUUGAAACCGGACAAAAAAAAGUCAUUACAAACAAAUUUAGCAUGUGCUCUAUAUUCCCAGUGUCUGAAGAAUGUUAAACAUUGGAAAAAGUUUGAAGCACCAACACAUUUUAACUUAUUUAAUGAGUUCUGCUAAGGUAUUAUCCCACUCACAAGAUUCCUAAAAUAAUUCCGUAAGUUCUCUUUUGUCUGUUUGAAGGUUCAUUGCAAUGCAUAUAGACUAAAUCCAAGCCAGGUUACAGUAAAACUACUUUUGCACCUAGUCAUAGAUUAUUUAACACUUUUUUUUCUCUCUUAGUAUCACUUUUAAACUUUUUUUAUCAAACUUUAUAUUAUGCCAUUCAUUAUAUUUUUCACCAUCUCUGUACUAUUUCUCUUUUCAGUCUAUCAAUUUUUUAAUGAUUUGAAGUGCUGAAGUUUGUAGAAGAAUAAUGACUUUUGACUACACUGAUAAAUUAAGCAAUGUGGAUGUAGUGUCAGAUGAAACUCCACUUAUCUUCAAUUCAAUUGGUUUUCAUCUUCAUGGAGCUUCAACUAGCAAAUAAUAUCUUUUGCUCAAAAUACAUCAUUUUAUUUUUCAAUCAAUAUUUCACCCUUUUAAUACUACUGAUUGGAGAAACUUCAUUAAGAUUCUAAAAUUGCAGAGGCUACAUGACAAAGAAUCUCUAUAAUAUAAUGAGGGUUUGAGAAGAGUUUCAAAUGAUAUUCAUCCUAUAUAAGAUGAAUUAUCUUAGAAAGUGGAAUCUUUGAAUGCUUCAUUUGUCCACCAAUUAUCUAUAUGCUAAUAUGCUAUCUAUUCAUUCUUUACCAUUAUCAUAUUAUCAAGUUGUCAGCUCUAUGCACCUUCCCAUUAUCAUGGGAAGUUUCACUCCUCUUCUCGAUAUUCCUCAAAAUUUUGCAUGUUUUAAUGAAUCUUCUAGUGCUUCGGUUCUUUCUUCUUCCAAGAAGGAAAAUAAAAAUAGUUAGUGUUUCACCUCUAAUAGAACCCUGUGCAGAAUUUGCAUGUGCAAAUAUGGAGAAAAAUGUAUAUGCAUUGUUUCUGAUGUUGUUGAUAUGUACUCUUAUUUUCUGUCUCUCUGAAGGGCUUAAUGCAGAGGGAAAAUAUCUUAUGGAUAUUAAGGGGAAAUUGUUCGACAGAUACAAUCAUCUUGAGAAUUGGAAUUCAAAUGAUUCGACACCUUGUGGUUGGAAAGGUGUCAUCUGCAACAGUGACAUCAAUCCAUUGGUUGAAUCUCUUGACUUGCAUGCAAUGAAUCUCUCCGGCUCUUUAUCUUCCAGCAUUGGUGGUUUGGUUCACUUGUUUCAUCUUAAUUUAUCUCAGAACUCUUUCUCUGGUUUUAUACCAAAGGAGAUUGGAAACUGCUCAAGCUUGCAGGUUCUUACUCUCAACAUUAAUCAAUUUGAAGGUCAAAUUCCCGUCGAAAUAGGCCGGCUUUCGAAUUUAACAGAGUUGCAUCUUUCCAACAACCAGCUCUCGGGAUGUUUUCCGGACGAAAUUGGUAACCUUUCUUCACUCUCGAUAUUUACUAUUUACACUAAUCAUCUCAGCGGAUCCUUGCCGGCUUCUAUGGGGAACCUUAAAAGAUUGAUUCGGUUUCGAGCCGGACAGAAUAUGAUCUCGGGAAGUUUACCUCAUGAGAUAGGUGGAUGUGAAAGCUUGGAGUAUCUUGGUUUAACUCAAAAUCAGAUAAGUGGUGAAAUACCGAAAGAACUCGGACUACUCCAGAACUUGCAAUGUUUGGUCCUUAGGGAAAAUGAUCUUCAUGGUGCUAUACCGAAAGAGCUUGGAAACUGUACAAAUUUGGAGGUUCUUGCACUAUAUCAGAACAAUCUCGUGGAAGAAAUUCCAAAGGAGCUUGGAAACCUUGAAUUCCUAAAGAGACUAUACCUUUACAGGAAUGAGUUGACAGGAAAUAUUCCGAAGGAGAUUGGAAACCUUUCUUUUGCGAUUGAGAUUGAUUUUUCGGAGAAUCUUCUUACAGGAGAGAUACCGAUCGAGUUGGUUAAUAUCAAAGGCUUGCAACUGCUUCAUCUCUUCGAGAACAAGCUAACCGGCACAAUUCCGAAUGAGUUCACAACUUUGAAAAACCUAACUCAGCUUGAUCUUUCUAUCAAUCACCUCAGCGGUACUAUUCCGAUUGGAUUUCAGGAUUUGACCAAACUGUCCUCAUUGCAACUCUUCAACAACUCAUUAAAUGGUAGAAUUCCUUACGCGCUUGGAGCAAAUAGUCCACUUUGGGUGCUUGAUUUGUCGUUCAACAACUUAGUCGGAAGAAUUCCGAUUCAUCUUUGCCAACAGUCUCACUUGAUGAUGCUGAACUUAGGAUCAAACAAACUCGCCGGAAAUGUACCUUAUAGAAUUACAAGCUGCAAGUCUUUAGUGUAUCUACGCCUCUUCGGUAACAACUUGAGGGGCAAGUUUCCUUCGAAUUUAUGCAAGCUUGUAAAUCUUUCUACAGUUGAGUUGGAACAGAAUGAAUUCACUGGCCCAAUUCCUCCACAAAUUGGUAACUUCCCAAAUUUGCAAAGACUUCACCUUUCUAACAACCGUUUUUCGGCUGAAUUGCCGAAAGAAAUCGGUAACCUCUCUCAGUUGGUAUCCUUUAAUGUCUCAUCAAAUCAUCUUUACGGUAGACUGCCUACGGAACUUUUCAACUGCAGGAAGCUCCAAAGACUUGAUCUCAGCAACAACGGCUUCGUAGGUACUUUAUCAGGUGAGAUCGGAACUCUUUCACAGCUAGAGCUUCUAAGGCUCUCGAAUAACAAUUUUUCUAGUAAAAUUCCAUCAGAAGUCGGAAAACUCUUGCGGUUGACCGAACUACAAAUGAGCGAAAACUCAUUUUGUGGUUACAUUCCACACGAGUUAGGUGCACUCGCAUCCUUGCAAAUUGCACUUAAUCUCAGCUAUAAUAAACUUUCCGGCCAAAUACCUUCUCAACUCGGGAAUCUUAUUAUGCUAGAAUCUCUCCAACUCAACAAUAAUCACUUGAGCGCCGAAAUUCCAAACUCCUUUAACAGACUCUCUAGUUUACUUUCUUUCAACUUUUCAUACAACGAUCUUUUCGGCCCUUUACCUUCUUUACCUCUCUUUCAAAACUCCACCUUCAGCUGCUUUUCAGGUAACAAAGGACUAUGUGGAGGACUUCUUGUUCCUUGUCAAAGUUCAACAUCUCAUUCCCCUCCAAAUAAACUAGGAAAAAUUCUAGCUAUAGUUGCAGCCAUUGUUAGUGGAGUUUCAUUGAUUUUAAUUCUGGUUAUCAUAUAUCUAAUGAAAAAUCUCACUGUGCCAAACCAAGAUAUAGUUAAACCGAAUUCUCCAAAUGUUUCAAACAUGUACUUUUUUCCGAAAGAGGAGUUGAAUUUCCAAGACAUGGUUGAAGCCACCGAAGAUUUUCAUUCCAAAUACGAAAUCGGAAAAGGCGGCAGUGGAACUGUGUACAGAGCAGAUAUAUCAAAUGAUCCUAAUCAUAUAAACACAAUUGCUGUAAAGAAACUUACAUCAAACAGUAACAGCAUUGAUUUAAACGGUUGCUUCCGCGCUGAAAUCUUAACUUUGGGCAAAAUAAGGCAUAGCAAUAUUGUGAAGUUAUACGGUUUCUGCAACUACAGCGGCUCUAAUAUGCUACUUUAUGAACACAUGGAAAAGGGUAGUUUAGGAGAGUUACUUCAUGGAGAAUCUUCCUCUAGUCUUGAUUGGUAUUCCAGGUUUAGGAUUGCUCUAGGAACUGCACAAGGACUAUCUUAUUUGCACCAUGAUUGCAAGCCGAGGAUUAUCCACCGCGAUAUCAAGUCCAAUAACAUACUUAUUGACCAUGAAUUCGAAGCUCAUGUUGGUGAUUUCGGUUUGGCUAAACUUAUCGAUAUCUCAAAGUCGAAGUCAGUGUCUGCAGUUGUUGGCUCUUAUGGCUACAUUGCCCCUGAGUAUGCAUACACAAUGAAAGUCACAGAAAAAUGUGAUGUAUACAGCUAUGGAGUAGUGCUAUUGGAGUUACUAACAGGGAAGAAGCCAAUCCAGUCAUUGGAUCAAGGUGGUGGUGAUCUUGUAACAUGGGUGACAAAUCAUAUCAACAAAUAUUCAUUGAAACUAGACAUCAUUGAUCCAAAAUUGGACCUACUAGAUGAAAUUGAUGUUGCUCAAAUAUUUGAUGUCUUGAAAAUUUCUUUACUUUGCACCGACGCGUAUCCUUCUAGACGACCGACCAUGCGUAAGGUUGUUGCAAUGCUUACAAGCUCUAGUAAAAGGAAAGAGCAAUCUUUGUUCUCUCCAUGUCAUGAAUCAAGUAAUGUUGAAGAAUGAUCUCUUUGUUUUUGUAUAUAAGUUCUUGAAUAAAAUUUGUAAAAUAAUGGUUGGUCUUUAAUGUAAAGUUUAAGUUAUUUGUUGGUGGGUGUUUCUGACCCAUGUGAUUUUAAUUAAAAUGAAGUAAUUUUUUUUCUUCAAAUUAUUAACUAAUUUUAUCU